GUGUGUGUAUUUGUGUAUUUGUGUGUGUGUGUGCUCACCUGUGGGGUCGAGGACAUCGUUAGCGAUGUGAAAGGAAAACGAGGAAUAGGGAGAAGAGAGGCUAGCGAUGACGGCGAGGAAGGUGAGGAGGGAGGAGACGAAGGAGGGGAGCGAAGAGAUGGAGAUGACGAGACUCUCGCCAGUUAUUCAUCCAUCGAGUGCGAAUUAUUGAUAGGUCACACAUCUAGGUCCGGUAACAUAACCGCCUCCACGGCCUUGGAGGGCCUGCGGGUCACGAUGCCGGCAAUCAUGGAUGACCCAUCGAGUCCCACCAUCCACCGUGUUACCGGGCCUGCGCCGUACCCAAUCCCCGGCAAGCCGGAGCUCCCGCCCAAUGUCCUACCCCGCCAAGUCACCCUGCGUGACCGCCAGACCAUUGCGACCGUCGUGCCCUUCGCUUCGCGCGACCAGGUGCCCGCCUCGUUGCUCGCGUAUCUCUCGGACCAGUUCGCGAAGGAGAUCGAGGGCGGCGACACCUAUCCCAUGAUCGAGCCCAUGCCUCUCGAGAAGUUCUCCGCCUACUGGGUGCAGAACUUUGCCGGCAUCAUGCUGCUCGGCCGCAUCGAAAGUGCCUCCGACGUUGUCGAGGGCAAGGACUGGUCCAAGGAGUGUCUCGGCAGCUUUUACAUCAAGCCCAACUACCCUGGCCGUAGCAGCCACGUCUGCAACGGCGGUUUUCUCGUCACCGACGCCUCUCGCAAUCGCGGUGUCGGUCGCCUCAUGGGCGAGAGCUACCUCGACUGGGCCCCCAAGCUCGGCUACACGUACUCGGUCUUUAACCUCGUCUACGAGACGAACGUCGCCUCCUGUAGGAUCUGGGACGCCCUGGGCUUCAAGCGCAUCGGCCGCGUCAAGGGUUGCGGCAAUCUCAAGUCCUAUCCCGACCGGCUGGUCGACGCCAUCAUCUACGGCCGCGACUUGGGCGACGCCGGCGAGGGUGGCGGCAGCGGCAGCGGCGAACCCCUUCUCGUGAGUGAAGAGCGUUUCGACAAGAUCAAGUUCUAUCUCAAGUACGGGCGCUACCCGAAUGGCUCUGACCGCGCCGAGAAAAGUAGGCUCCGUAGCGCCGCGACGCACUAUAAGCUGCUCGACAACGAUGUGCUGAUGUUGAAGGAUAAAGAAGUCAUCAGCGACCCCGUCCGCCAGAUGGAUAUCUCGCGCCGUCUCCACGAGGCUGGUGGCCACGCCGGCAUCAACAAGACCACCGCUACCAUUGCCGAGAAGUAUCACUGGAGCCGUAUUAAGGAGACGGUCUCGGAUGUAAUCAGGAUGUGUGACCAAUGCAAGGAAUCGGGCAAGAUCCCCUCCGUUCCAAACACUGCCAGUUACCGGCGUCCCAUCGUAAAUUCCGACAGGGCCACCGCCGGCUCUAGCGUCGAUCCUCUCUCGCCCGAACCGUCGCCCGUGUUAGGCACUGGGGUAUGCGGCAACGGCGCGGAGGGGACCGGGAGGGUCCUCGAACUGCAAGCGCCGGCGCCGGCACACAAUGACCUACCGCCGCUACUUGGCCCUGCGAACCCUUACGAGCAUCACAGUGACAUCUCAUCCUUGCUGAAUCCCCCUCCGAUGCAGUCGUCACACGACGCCGGGUUGUUAUCACACCACCACCACCACCAACACCACCCCCUGCUACCGAGUCAGCUCCACCACGACUCGGCCGCGACCCUCGCUUCGCUCCAUGAGGCUGUAGAUAUGUACCACCCGAUAGACCCCCAGAUGAUAUCCCAGGCCGCCCACCACCAUUCCGUCUCUCAUCAUCAUCAUCAUCCCCAUUUAUUCGACCCCUUUCACACUAAUCCUAGGGAUACCAUCCCGCAUCAUAGCUCGCACUCCGCGCACCAUUCGCUGUCGGGGCACGAACCGUACAGUCCGCACGAUCCCCACAUCGUAUCAUCCCUCCACGCUAUCCAUGCGCUGAGCCAUGAUCCCUCGUUCGACACUCCCAUGCACCACCAUCAUCAUAAUCAUCAUCGCCACGACCCGGAUUCUUUCCAGGCCCUGCUCCACGACGAGUCUGAUCUAGAUCCCACCAGCCAUCAUCAUAAUCACCACCAUCACCACUUCGCUCUGUCCCUCACCGACCCAGAAAACUACCACCAUGUCCACAGUAAUCAUAAUCACCAUCAGCAUUACCGCCAUCGGCUCGACUCCCACCACGAGCACCAACACCACCACCACCCAGUAGAUCUAGUAGUAGACCCGCACGACCAUCACGAUGCGAGCAACUCGGUAGUGGUAGACCAGGACGCUAUGGACCGCGACCUGGACAUGCUCAUCGAACACCACGACUCGUCGGACUCGUCGGGCUCGGGAUCCCUCCACGUCUCUCCCGGCCCCGCCUCCCCGCCCUCGGGAAUCCACAUGGAUAUCGACGAAGUCAUCGCCCGCGGCUCCGAUCCUGACUCGGACCUCCACCACCACCACCACGAGCACCAGCAUCACGACCACGGCCUCGACUCGGACCCCCACGAGCACGUGUGAGCGCGAGCCCCGACGACCGCCGGUGGCCAGUGCGGCGCGCGGGGGGAAAGGGCCGACGGAGCUAUGCGUAUACGUAGACGUGGGAGCGGGACGGCGGACGCACGCAGUGCGAAUUAGUUUCUGUAGAUGUGCACG